ACGACACUGUCUCUUCGGCAACAUAACCAACCCCACCCGACCCGACCCGCAAUUGAUGGAUUAUUAAUUGGAAAGAAUUCCUUAAAUUUGAAGGACAAUGCAAGUUGGUAGUUCCUAGUUCCUAUACUAGGUAGUGAAAAUGGGUCAAAUAAUAUCCUACUUAUGUAAAUGGAGAUACCCAAGAACUUAUAAAUCAAAUUACGAAACAAUAGUAUCUCAACAAGAUAACAAUGAGAGUAAACCACCAGAACAGCAUUGCAUUAUUAACAUUUCCGAUCAAAAUGAGACUGAAAAACAAGAAGCGGUUGAUCAGGCCGAGAAAGAUUAUCAUAAGUUAGAUGAUGAUGAUGAUCAUGGAAAUGAGCAAAUUGUGGUAGAAGAUGCCGUACAAGUAGAAGUGGUGGUUGAAAAUAAUGUGAGUACUACUACUAAUACUACGAUUAGUAAUAGUAAUAGGAUUCCAAGUGAAAUUAGUAGUGUUAAGAGAAUAGGGCAAUACAACAGCACUCAGAAGAUAUUACUGGUUGGGGAUGGUGACUUUUCUUUUUCUGCUUCUUUAGCCCUCGCUUUUGGAGAUUCUGCUCUCAAUAUCACUGCUACUUCUUUUGAUUCCCAAGAGUUUUUAAUGAACAACUACGGCAAGUUCUUCGGCAACAAGGCACAUCUACAGGCUCGAGGUAGCAAGGUCCUUCAUGAUGUUAAUGCAAACAAAAUGGCGAAGCACCCAAUCUUAAUCAACUAUUUAUAUGAUCGUGUAAUUUUCAAUUUUCCUCAUGCAGGCAGAUUCACUCAUACUGAUUCUAACCUUCAGAAACAUCAGAAAUUAAUCAGAGGUUUUCUAAGAAACGCAAAAAAAAUGAUUGAAGAUGAUGGGGAAAUUCACAUAACGUCAAAAUGUAAUGGGUUUUACUUAAAAUGGGAUAUACCGAAACUUGGAAGUGAUCUUGGGUUACAUCUUUUUCAAGAAAUGAAGUUUAAACGUGGGAAGUAUCCUGGCUAUAACACCAAGUAUGGGUUUGGAGGAGAUAAAAAUUUUGACUGCAAUCCCAGUAAGACCUACAUGUUUCGUCUGUUAUGAUCAUAAUUGGAGGUUCGCCAGAAUAGUUUAUUGUGUAAUUUUAACUUAUUUUGAUAAAAUAGAGGGCUGGAUGGUCAAACCAUCAAAUAUUAAUGUUUGGUAAACUAGUUGAUUGAAACAUUAUAUUGUUAAAUAAGUUAUUUUGAACAAUGUACUUAUAUAGUAGUAGAUUUAAAAUUAGCUGGUCAAACCAGUUAGCAAAUGAGUUGAUCAAAUUAACUAUGAACCAUUUGUCAAACACCUUGAAUUAUAUAACAAUGUUGAAUAACUUUGCCUUU